GCUAACUGGUAGCGAGUUUUUGCUACUGUAACAAUUAAGUUGAAUUUUAAAAUCAUCAAGAUUUCAUUGAUUUUCGCUGCAUAAACUGAUACAAUGGUUAUGCGAGAAUGAGUUUAUCUGUGUCAUAGUCAGGAUUUGUUUUUUUAUUCAGAAACCAGUUUGUUUAAAUUAAUAAAUGAUAUUGAUGGCUGGAGUACAACUAUUUGAACUAGUAUGUGUGGUCAUUGUUACAAGCUGUGUAAUUUCCUUCCACUGCUACAAUGUACAAGCUGAUGGAGAUCCGCCAGAAGAGAUUCUAUCUGGUGGAAAAGAAAAGCGCCCCGAAAGAACUAAUAGCUGGGAUUUUCCCAGAGUCGAGAUCUACGUCUUUGCUGGAAGAAACGCCGACUUGCCAUGUAACAUUACUCCAAAUUAUCCUGAUGACGAGAUAUCCCUUGUACUGUGGUACAACAACAAAUCGCCAUCUCCACAGUACAGCCUAGACUCAAGAAGCGGGAAUUUUGAUCGUGCUAGACAUUGGAAAAGUGACCAGUUGGCAUCUCGAGCCCAUUUUCACAUCCACACAGAACCUGCUUAUCUACAACUAGAUCAUGUAACUUCGGAGGACGAAAGUGUCUUUACGUGUCGGGUGGAUUUUGAAAGAGCCAGGACACGCUACCAGGAAGUUGGUCUAAACUUAAUAGUUCCUCCUAAGAAGCCAGUAAUCAAAGAUGACAAAGGUAAAGUUCAACAGAGUUUAAUUGGACCAUACAACGAAGGUGACCAGCUUAUUCUUGAAUGUGAAGUGGUCGGAGGAAAUCCACGACCUAAAGUGAUGUGGUGGAGAGAAUCCGUGCUGUUAGAUGAUUCUUUCAAAGUAACAGCUGAUCUGGUGGCUCGGAACGUGCUAAGGAUUCCAUCUCUUCAACGUCACGACCUUAUGGCAGUCUUUACUUGCGAAGCGUCAAACAAUGGAUACUCGUCACCUACUUCUACAUCAGUAACGGUGGAUAUGAAUUUUAGGCCUCUUGCAGUGAGCCUCCAAGGAAAAAGAAAGCCACUUUCGGCUGGAAAGUUUGCUCAAAUCGAAUGUCAUUCUGUUGGUUCUCGGCCUCCAGCAGUGAUAUCUUGGUGGAAGGGAAACACUCGAAUGAAAUCUACUAAGUCUGUUGUGUCUGUCAACGGAAAUGCCACCACCAGCAUCUUAGCAUUUAAACCAACGAUUAAAGACAAUGGUCUAUAUCUGUCAUGUGUAGCAGAAAAUCCAUUGAUUGAAGACCAUCGUGUUGAAGCUGGUUGGACACUUAAAAUACAUUAUCUACCUCAACUUUCCCUUCGUCUCGGAAGUAAGUUACGCCACAGCCAUAUUCAAGAAGGAAACGACGUUUAUUUUGAGUGUAACGUAAACGCAAGUCCAGAAACUAAAGAUAUUGUCUGGAAAUUUGAAGGAGAAGAAGUGGAAAUCAACCCAGCGGCGGGAAUUAUUGUUAGCAACCAGACACUUGUUCUCCAACACGUAAAACGGACCGGUAGAGGGCGUUAUACAUGUUCAGCAACCAACAGCGAGGGGCUUGGAGAAAGCAAUCCGGUUUUCCUCAGGGUACAGUACGCUCCUGUUUGUAAGCCGGGUCAGAAGAUUAUUUACACAACGACCGAAAACGAGCCCAUACACGUUACCUGUGACGUGGCUAGUGAUCCAGAAGAUGUUGAGUUCACGUGGAGUUUCAACAAUUCUCACGACAACUAUUACCUGAGUAACUUUAACUUCCACAAAACAAGGAGUACUAUAGUAUACAUUCCAAAGUCAAAGUACGAAUUUGGGAGUCUAUCCUGCUCUGCCUCUAACAGUGUGGGAAAUCAAAAUGUACCGUGUGUGUACUCUAUCGUUGCUGAAGGGCCUCCGGAACCAGUACAAAACUGCACCCUAUUCAACCAAACCCAAAAUGGAAUAGGAAUAGACUGCACAGAUGGAUAUGAUGGUAACUUAAUGCCACACAUUUUCGUGGAGGUUUACGAUAUAAUGACUGGCAGUAUAGUAGCAAAUUUUUCGUCCUUUUCUCUGUCAUUCUUUAUGAGAAGUCUUCCACCUGGUUUAAAUUUCGUACUGAAAAUAUACGUCGUUAGCCAUCAAGGGAGAAGUCAGCCAUUAGUCCUAAAAGGAAGAACGCUACACAUACCCGAAACACAGUCUCGUCAAGGAAAAGAAUGGAAGCUUCUGGUGAAUCCUGUUUUAAUUGCCCUAUUGUUUAUUGUGGUCCUGUUUAUUUUAAUCGCUUUGUGCGCAGUUGUAAUUCUGAAGAGAAGACAAAUAAGCCAACGUAAAGCUAAUCAAGAGCCCGAGGAAAAACUUCCGAAAUAUACAAGUCAUCCAGAAAAGGAAAUCAUUCCUACAGAGGAAUUCGCUAAGGACUUUUAUGAAGAAAAAUGUCCUGAUGUAAUUCCAGCAGAUUCCAAAUACCUGGAAAUUCCUGUCUGUAAUCUCGUCAGUCAAGAAGAGGGGCGAAUUCCAAAACAAAUAUGUACUGCUGCAGGAUCAUCAACCCGAGAUUUCGACGGCAACUUUGAAAUCCACGAAAUACACCCUACUGAAAGUGAGAAUCUUCAGACGAAGAUGUGGAAGGAUCCAGCAUUGCUCGAGGGAAUCUCUUCAGAAUAUUACAGCGGAGAGUAUAUUGACCUUCAAACAGGAUACAGAAGAGACGUGGCUAAGGCCUCAUCCCUAACGUCACAUGAAAGACACUUCAAACAAACGGACGUCUGAGUGCAUUGAAAUUGUGAAAAGUGAUUUAGUGUGCCUUGCCUUUGCUAAGUUGUGUUGGUGAUCGUUCUACUUUCAGUCGCACUAGAUCCAUUCUGUAGAAACAUUCUAUGAAAUGAUUGGCGCGCGGCAUGAUCAGUUAUUCUGGAAAAAAAAACUAUUGCCCUCAAACCCUUUUACUAUUUAGAACUGAGUAGCGAUAAAUAUUCACCGUAAAAUGGCAUUAUGAGGAAAGGCUAGUGAUCAUUAAUAUUAUGUUGAGGUUUCCGCUUCUUGACGAAGCCUUCUUUGAAACUCAGCUGGUAAACAAUUUGAAAGAGUUGGAGGUGUGUGAACGAUCUUUAUGUUGAACAUUGUUCAAUAUCAAGAUAAUUUAAACAAUACUUCAAAUUAAAUUACACCAUUUAACCUCUGUUCUAGACGAGUCUAGUUUUGUUAGCGCAUGAAAUAAUACGGAUAUGUGAGUUGAAGGUGUGUGAACGAUCUUUAUGUUGAACAUUGUUCAAUAUCAAGAUAAUUUAAACAAUACUUCAAAUGAAAUUACACCAUUUCACCUCUGUUCUAGACGAGUCUGUUUUUGUUUUAAGGAUGAAAUAAUACGGCGUUUUCUGGCUUUGUAAGUUAAUCUGCUAAUAAUCCCCAAAUGGUACAUAUUUAACUUUAAAAGUAUUGGUAUAAUUCCUGUUAAUAAUUUGCUACACAACUAAAAAUGGUAAUGUUUUUUUUAUUGAUAAUCGCUCACUGCUCUAACCUGUAUCAUUUCAUAACAUAAGCCAAAGUAUAAUGAUUGAUAAUAGAAAAUUUAAGUAGUUAUAACUGAAUAUUUACCUGACUGAAUCUAAUUUAACAUCCUGUGUUCGAACAUUUAUGGUCACUAGUUAAAAUCCGUAAUGUGAAAGCAUAAGUUAUGUGAAUGUGAGCACAUCUUGAAGUUAAUAAGUGAAACAGUUAAAUGGAUUAAUAUCUGAUUAAUUACUGCAACGUAUAGUUAAGAUUUUCUGAUGACACGUCAUUGAGAUAAAAGUAACUGUUGUAAUUGUGAAAUAAAUCGAGAAAACAUUGUUCGUUUGGUAUUUUUUGACAUGGAAAUAAUGACCUUUUUUUCUUUACA